GCCAUGAACCAGGCCCCGCCCUACCCGUACCAGCCCAACGGCGGCAUGCCCCGCUACGCGGACGACCCCAACGCUGCUGCGUACGGCGCCCAGGGCCACGCCGUCCCGCUCUCGACGCGCAACAUCCGCCCGACGAUCGUCGCGUCGCAGCCGUACCCCGGCCAGGCCAACUACAUCAUCCACACGGACGACGCCAACACCAAGCUGAGCGACCGCGUCCGCCGAAAAUGUUACAACUGCCGCACGACCGACACCUCGACCUGGCGGCGCUCAAGUCUCACCCCGGGCAAAGUGCUUUGCAACAAGUGCGGCUUGUUCGAGCGUACACACUCCAGGCCGCGCCCGGAGCAGUUCCCCCCUAAGCGGGGCCCCGUCGUGCCCGUCAACCAGUUCAAGCAGCACCGUAACCCUACCCCGCCGUCGCACCAGCAACAGCAGCAACAGCGGCUGCCGUCGAUGACGCAUCAGAUGCUCCCCCCGCAUGGCGGCUACUCCCACCCGUCGCUCUCACCGCUCAUGGCCGCGCGCUCUGCCGACCCCCAGUACCGCGGGAGCGGGGUGACCGAGAUUGGUGCGCUGCUUAACGGCCCUGGGGAGAGCCAGGCGAACGGCAGUGCCGGUCCGUCGUCGGGUGCUCCGUCUGCUGGAGGCUCGCCGUCGCUGGCGCAUCAACAGCCGCCUCAACAACAGGGGCAGCAGCAGCAACAGCAGGGGAAUAGCUUGAAACGGUCGGCGUCCCCGCUCGAGAGGCAGCACCAGCCUCCGCCGCCUCCGCAGAUGCAGCCGGAAACCAUCCAGCAGCAUCAGCUUCAACAACAACAGCAGCAACAACAGCAGCAGCAGCAAUCGGCGCACUCGUCACCACAGAUUCCUUCCGCGGGUAUCGGUGCAAACGGGAGCCCGAAGAGCAGCCCACGUACGAACGUCGAGCGGCGAGAUGCCCCGGCGUACCGUGCAAGCAACUAGGGUGGUGGACAGAAUCCGAGGACCUUGGGGAUCGUCGGCGACGUCGAGCGCCGCGGCCGUUCUGCUGUAUUUAUCGUGUAUUUUUUGUUCUCGCGCCUGCACUGCGCUGCACCUUAGAUUCGACACGUCUCGUCCCCCUGCCGUGUAUCGCUUACCGCCGCUCGUCGUCCCCCGUCCACGCCCCCGCCCCUUCCUCGUUGUUCCCCUUGCCCGUCGGUGGCCGUCUGCCAUUCCCUGUGGUUGAACGGCUACGGGGCGCACAGCGCCGUGGGUACGUGCAGGGGGAUAUAGCGCGGCGCCGUGCCGCGCGCUGCUCGUAUUCCCCUCCGCACGUCGCCGUCGUCUCCGCCGCUGGGAACGACCCGGAGCUCGCCCGCUGGGUGCCCGCUCCGGAGCGGGACUCGCCCUGGCCCGUGUAGGGAACGAACGCUGCUGCUGUUGUUUCCCCUCCCCUCUCCCGUCUCGUCCCGCCCGUCCACACCUACCGCCCCGCUGCCCGUCCACUGCAGACUGUAUUGCUCCACAUCUUGCUUUCUUGGUUCACCUGCUGCUUUUCCGCCCCGCCCCCUCCCCGUAUAUCUCCCCCAUUUCUUCUCCCAGUCAGUCUGCCGUCCCUAGUCUAUAAUGUCUAUGCGUGUCUCCCUACCUAUCGCGUACCGUCCCCCCGCCAUAUUGCCCCCGGCUCCUAAGCUAUCUCUCUAGUAC